AAAAAGUAUAAAUACACGUUGAUUCUGUAUGUCAAAUCUUUGUUGAUCGAAUUCACAGGCGAAAGAGCUCAACAAUGAAGUCUGCAACUUUGAUGUGCGUGUCGGCAUGUGUUUUCCUUAUCCUGGUAUCAACAGGUCUUGUCCAAGGAAAGAGUCUUUUAGCCAUAAUGUCUAAACAGGCGGAAACACUCCACCAGGGUCUUGAUUUGGCUUCCAAAGUCGGAGAUAUAGGUUCCAAUGUCAUAGCAUUUACAGCCAUUGCAUCGAACUCAAGAAGCUAUAGUUCUGGGUCCACCAUACAAUUCAACCAACUAAAGAUUAAUCUAGGCAAUGGUUUCAACACUGGCAACUACCGCUUCACUGCUCCUAUAGGGGGUGUGUAUGUCUUCUCUUGGAGCCUUUCCCUCAACAGUAACUACAGGGGAAAUUCGUACUUGAAAAAAAAUGGCAGCAAUUACCAUUCCCUUAACUGCGAGAAAACCUACCAGCAAUGCGGUGCCACCGUGGCAAUGCCGCUGAAAAAAGGCGAACAAGUCUGGGUCACAUCCGCAACCACCAUCUAUGCGUAUGGCACACAUUCAUCUUUCUCUGGAUGGAAAAUCAACUGAAAACUGUAUCAGCAAUGAUUUUUA